AUGCCGUCCUAUCGCGGCCGGGAGCGUGAGUCGGCCCUCAACGCUCUGGCUGGCGGAGUCCCGGUGCACCCAAGCUCUCCACGCACCACGCCCGGUCCGCUCCAGCGAGCCACAGCCGCGCACGAGGCCUGGCUUCGGACCUCUGCCGAGGGCGAGCUCUGCCUCUACCUCUCCGAGUGCUUUGGCUCGGCGACACCGCUCGCGGAGCAGCUGGGCGGCCUGCAGAUCAUCGCCGCGGUCGUCAAUAGCGCUGCGGACGACGACGACAUCUCCGGCCCAUCGGUACUCAUCACCAACCUCGCAAACUGCCUGCGCGUGCCGCUGAGCAGCACCGAGCCCAGCGUUCUCGCCGCCGCCACGCUCGCCUUUGGACGGCUCGCUCGCGUCGGCGCCGCCGCCGAGCCCGUCGUCGCCGAGCUCCGGCGCGCUCUCGGCCGCCUGUCUGCCGGCUCGAAGCUCGACUCGGCCACGCUGGUCGUGCGCGAGGUUGCGCUGGCGGCGCCGAGCCUGCUGUACGUGCACGUGGCAGCCAUCUUCGGGAGCAUCUGGCCCGCCUUCCGCGACGCGCGCGCCGCCGUGCGCCAGUCGGCGGCCGAGGCGCUCGACGCCGUCUUGCAGAUCGUGGCAGAGCGGCCGUCUGCCGCGCGGGGCGGUUGGUACGCCGCGGCUCGCGGGGAGGCGCUGACGGCGCUGCGGUCGGGGUCAGCGGAGGCGGUGCACGGCGGCCUGCUCGCCGCCGCCGCCCUCCUCUCCGGCGGCACUCCCUACGACGGCAAGGCGCCGCUGCGAGCGGCUAGCGGGGCGUGCGUGGAGAGGGAGAGGGCGGAGGGGAGAGGCGAGUGCCGGUAG